CUCAAUUUUUUCUCCCUCUUUCUCCCUCUCUUUCUUCAGCAAUAGCUUCUGCUACUGAAACUGCGCCGAAGAGCAGAAGCGCUCUCACCACAAACCCUAGCUCUCCUUCUGCACAAUGAACUGUUCAAUCUCUGGCGAGGUGCCAGAAGAGCCUGUGGUUUCGAAGAAGUCUGGACUUCUCUAUGAGAAGAGAUUAAUCGAGAGACACAUAUCGGACUAUGGAAAAUGCCCAGUUACUGGGGAGCCGCUGGCAAUGGACGACAUUGUUCCAAUCAAAACGGGAAAGAUAGUGAAGCCAAGACCAGUACAAGCUGCCAGCAUUCCUGGGAUGCUUGGCAUGUUCCAGAUUGAAUGGGAUGGUUUGAUGCUAUCGAAUUUUGCGUUGGAGCAACAAUUACAUACAGCAAGGCAAGAGCUAAGUCAUGCCCUAUACCAGCAUGAUGCUGCUUGCCGUGUAAUUGCGAGACUGAAAAAAGAAAGGGAUGAAGCAAGGGCAUUACUGGCACAGGCUGAAAGGCAGAUACCAAUGGCAGCGUCAACAGCAACUACUGUGAAUGUUUCUUCUUUAAGCAAUGGGAAAAGAGCUGCUGAGGAUGAUGAGAUGGGAACUGGUGGAAAGAGAAUCCGUCCAGGAAUCUCAGCUACCAUCAUUGCAGAGCUUACUGACUGCAAUGCAGCACUUUCACAGCAACGGAAAAAGCGGCAGAUCCCUUCGACACUGGCUCCUGUUGAAGCUGUGGACAGGUAUACGCAGCUCAGUAGUUUCCCUCUUCACAAAACCAACAAACCUGGCAUAUUAUCUAUGGAUAUUUAUCACUCUAAGGAUAUCAUUGCUACUGGUGGGGUUGAUACGAAUGCUGUAGUCUUUGAUCGACCUUCAGGACAGAUCUUAUCUACACUAGGUGGUCAUUCAAAGAAGGUUACUAGUGUCAAAUUUGUGGCUGAGGGUGAGGUGGUCGUUACUGGCUCAGCUGAUAAGACGGUUCGUCUAUGGCAAAGCUCUGAAAAUGGGAACUAUGAUUGUAGGCAAAUCUUGAAGGACCAUACUGCAGAGGUGCAAGCUGUCACGAUCCAUGCCACCAAUAACUACUUUGUGACUGCUUCUCUGGAUAAUACAUGGUGCUUCUAUGAGCUUUCUUCUGGUUUAUGCCUCACUCAGGUUGCAGAUUCUUCAGGAUCUGAGGGCUAUACAUCUGCAGCUUUUCACCCUGAUGGUCUCAUACUUGGAACAGGCACCUCUGGUGCUCUAGUUAAAAUUUGGGAUGUAAAAAGUCAGGCAAGUGUUGCAAGAUUUGAUGGGCAUGUUGGGGCAGUCAAUGCCAUAUCUUUUUCAGAAAAUGGUUACUUCCUAGCAACUGCUGCUCAAGAUGGUGUCAAGCUGUGGGAUCUACGCAAAUUGAGGAACUUCAGGAGCUUUACGCCAUAUGAUGAAGAUACACCUACACAAUCAGUGGAAUUUGACCACAGCGGAAGUUACCUUGCGAUAGGAGGCUCCGAUAUAAGAGUUUAUCAAGUUGCCAAUGUGAAGUCCGAAUGGCAUUGUAUCAAAACAUUCCCGGAUUUGUCUGGCACAGGUAAAGCUACUUGUAUAAAAUUUGGUCCAGAUGCAAAAUACCUAGCAGUUGGAUCAAUGGACCGAAACCUCCGAAUAUUUGGCCUGCCAGGGGAGGAUGGUGGAUUGGAGUCUUAAAGUGCCUUUUGCUCUGUGCCUCUGGGGAUGUAUAUUUUUCGGAAAUUUCUGCAGCAUCGGCCACCAUUGUUGCAGAUUGGUGUAUUUCUUGGGCUGAAGAAGUGAAAGCAACCGGCAGAGUAUGUCAUUUAUCAUAGUUAAUUUGUCUGGUAUUAGCUUUGAUCCCUGCAUUCCAAGCUGAAUGAAAGGCAAUGAAGCUGGUGUAACCUAUAUGGGAGUUGCCAGUGACAUUGUUUGAAGAGGAGGUUGAUUGAGAUUGUAACAACGGAAUUCCUGUGAGCCAGUUGUUUUGUAUCAUUUCAACGUUUAGAGUAGCCAGAACCUCUCCCCCCGCCCCAAAAAAAAAAAAAACCAACCCAAAAAAAGAGUAUCUCAUCUGUUAAAAAUUAGGGAAAAAAUAUGAAAUGUGAUUUUGGCAGUGUAUCGGAUAUCGAUAUUACCAUGGCAACUAAGGCCACUAUGCAUUGGAUAUGGUGUAUUACAUUAUUUGUUCUUUUGAAUUUUCUAUUGUUGUAGUUUUUUUUUUUUUU